AUGAAUUCUUCAGAUACGAAGUAUAUUUCAAUUUCUUCUCCACACACUUGCAACAUGAGUAAAAAAGAUUUUCCCCAAAGCAUAGUCAUGCAAAGAGAUUUCCACCCUGCGAAUUGGAAAAGGCUGGCUGUAAGCAAAGGGGGCUUUCCCUCAAGUCCACACAACUCCCAAGAGCAGGACUUUGAAAGCCUUGUUCAGGAGAGACGGUAUCAGUUAGAACUCCAGCAGCGGAUUCGUGAAAAUGAAGAGCUGGUAGGACUGUAUUCUGAUGAGUUGGAGAUUGACAGCUUAGAGGAAGAUAGCUUGGAGGAGAUGAGUUUAAAAGAACAAGAAGGAGCUGAGUACAACACAAAUCGAUACACAAAUGGAAUACAAAAGAAUGAUGGUAACGGAAGGAAACAGCAGUCUGUGGACAAAUAUUUCAGCCUAAGAUACAAUCCUAACUGGAAGAAGACAAAAAAGGUAGCAGAGUUUUCUGAGGCAGAAAAAGCACGUCAAGUUGCUGGAGGAAGCAGUGGGGACUUUUCACAAGAUUCAUUUUACCUUCAUUCCAAUGGCUCUCCAGAAGAAAAGAAUCAACAGGAGGAAAAGUCACAAGAUUCAUUCUCAGAGUUUGGUACAGAAUUACUAAGCUUUCAUGAACCAAAAGCCAUUGUCAGCAAUGAACAUCUUAGCCUACAUACCAAAGGGAAGGACUCUGCAGAUGUCUGUCAUUUCAAAGGUAGUCCCAGUAGAUAUGGCAAUGCUCUUUCUCUUCGUAUUCAGGAAGAUAGACCACAAAAAGCAAAAAAAGACUUUGUGGAAAAAAAUAAACGGACUUUAGGAUUACAUUCAGAGAAGAUAAAUUCCUAUCUUCAAUUACACAGUAAAAAGCAAGAAGUUGUUCUCCAAGAGCUGGAUAUUGAAGCUGUUUUUAUUGAUAUGAUCACUGUUGGCUGUCAGGUACCAUGUCCUAAAACUGUUAAUGAGGAACCAGUUCAGACUGUGAAAAUGGAGCCUGAAGACAAAUGGUAUCUGAAAGCACAGCAGCUCAAGGAUCACCAAAAUAAGUCCUCCCGGAGAAAUAAAAUAAAAUCCAACCAGAGUCUAGAAGGGAGAGCUUUCCCAAGGAAUUAUAGCCAACAACCCCCAGGAAGACCAGCAGAACCAAAGUCUUGGCACCACAGGCACCACCAAAUACCAGCAUUUCAGACUGCUCCCAUGCAGACAGUGGAGCAAGACAACAGCAGCACACUGCAGAAAUGGCUGUAUCCAAGUCCUUCUGUUGGCCCUGACACUAAUACAGCAGCAAAUUCAGAUACUUGCUUAAACAAUUUCCCAAAUUCAGGACAUUUUGUUAAUCAGGAUUUUACCAGUUCUACCUAUCGUUUUCAUCCAACAUUACAUAAAUUUAACCCAACAGAGGUUAUAUCUCCAGCAUAUACCAGCAAGGAGAACAACCACGUCACUAUGCAGCUUCUUGCAAGAGAUAACAGUACCAAUGGUCAAGCACAUCCAAAUCAGAGGAAUAUUUCAUCUACUUUUAAUGCUGAUUUUCAAGAAUUGGUGGAGGAUCAAGUAUCACUUCAGGAUUGCAAAAGACACAUUUGUGCGGAUAAAAGUGCACCAACAGCCCCUUGUACAACCUCCCAAUUUACACAAACGAUGAAGCGACAUCACCAAGAGAUCACUCAUUUGACAGAAGCUCACUUAGCUGAUAGGCAGUCAUUCAGCCUACUUCCACCUACAAUCCCCCAGGUAGAAAGGGGUUCAGAGGUAGAUCCAGAGAGCGGUGAAGAAAAUCAAGUGAAAAUAAGCCGAAGCAACUCAGAAGGUUAUCUCAUGCAAAAGGAAAAGCAAAAACAGCCUAAAGUCAGCAAGAAGCCAUGUAGCUCAAAAGCCUACAUAAAUCUGACUGUGAAGCUUGGAGGCCUUGGACCGGACUAUGAAGCAAUCAAAGAGAGAAAAGAGAAGUUAAAGCAACAAAAGGAAUAUGCAAAGCAAAUUAAGGAACACAACAUGAAAAGCAUUGCUUCGAUUCAGAGGUUACCUACAAAACCCCAGGUCAUAUCUUCAGUGUCAAGACAGAAGGCGCUGGAAUAUGCUAAGAGGAUUCCUAGACCAAAGACUUUCACGGCAAGACAAUCAGAUGAAGAGGUGAAAGAGGAAAGAGUUCUACCGCAGACUUUAAAUGGAGAAUGUUUACCUCAAAUUGCAUCCUUGGAAACUUUGCAAAAUAGACACGAGAAGGAGAAGGAAGUUGUAGCCGCUUUCAGAACCCUUCAUAUCUUUUAA